AUGUCAAAUAGUGAAUUACCACCUUUGGGUAUUAGUUACAAUUCAUCGUUGCGUUCCAUACAUCAAAUUGAUUCUUUAUACGUAACGUCCAAACAUGCCGAGGGAGUAGAGAUUGCACGGAUGGAUAUUAAAACAUUUCAUGACUUAUGCGACAACAAAGGUCUAACCUUUGUAUUAGUUAAAGUGCUUUUCAUCGAAGUUAAUAACAUUUGCGGUAAUGUUGAUGAUGAUGUUAGUUAUGAUAGUAUUAAUAAUGAUUAUGUCAAUGAGAAUUGUAGUGAGAAUUGUAGUGAUAGUGUCCUUAGUAAUUUUACAAGUCAUUUUUCUACUAUUCGUUCUACUCAACAAUACCACGAAAAGAAGAUUUUACCUCCUAAUAUUGGUAGUACCUUUAUCAUGGAUGAUUAUGAGGUUUUCCAGGUAAUCAAUUCCAGAGAAGAGCAUUAUGUUAAGGAAAUGAGAGCAUUAGUUGAUUGA